UUUGUUACCAGUAGUGCAUUUUUAUACGCUAUAUUAUUGGCUAUUAGUUGUACAAGUAUAAGCGUGUUAGAUGAAUAAAAAUAAUACGCGCAUAAGCAGAAAAAUGGCAUAAAUAAUUCAGGUCACAUUGAGCAAAGAGAACGUUGAGAUGGCUGACAGAAGCGAAAGUUCACGAAAGGUGUCAAGUGAUAGGGAGGGAGAAGAAAAUGACCAAAGUCUGUCUUCAGACUGUGGUGAAGUAUCGAUUGCUGGGCAAAUCUGCAGCGAUUCAGUAAAAUCGAAUGUUUGGAUACGAGAUUCUGGAUAAGUAUAUUUAUAAUGUUAAUAGACUCAAACCGGUUCAAAUUAUUUUUAUAAGGUUUGAAACGUUUUCUCUACUGUUCAGUCGUUUGCCAAUGACUGUUUUCUUUUCUGAUAAUUUUCUAUAUUAACAUAUGCAAAUAUUUUGAUAUAAUCAUUCUUAUUUGAUCAAUGCGUUAGACAGUGCUUUUGGCGUUUUUCUCAUAUUUACAAAAAUAUAAGAAUAUUAUGCUUUAUUCAAAGGUUGGAGUUUGGCAGCCGAAAAGCAGGAACCAACAUUAAAGAGCUCUGUAAAUAUCAGGAUGAAAUAUGGCAACCUAAGCGUUUUUAAACAACCAAUGUGUCUGAUAAGGAAUGAUGGUAAUGAGACUUUAGCCGUGGUUGAAGAUGUCCUGCAAGAAAUAUCGACCAUUGAUAAUACUGUUAAUGUAAUAGCAAUAGCAGGUCCAUACAGAACCGGCAAAUCUUACUUACUUAAUAAGUUGGCAGGACGCAAACAAGGUUUUCCCCUAGGCAGUACUAUUGAAGCAAAAACAAAGGGUUUAUGGGUUUGGUGUUUGGAACACCCGAAACGACCUCAAGAAAUUUUAAUGUUGAUCGAUACAGAAGGAAUUGGUGAUGUCAAUAAGGGUGACGAAGACAACGACAAUAACAUCCUUUGCCUUGCGACAUUAUUGAGUUCAACAUUUGUUUAUAACAUGUUCGGGGCCAUAAACGAACAACUGCUGAAAAGUCUCUCUUUUGUGACAAAAAUUGCCAAGAAAGUUGUUUUAAGCAGGACUUGGUUCACUGAAAAUGCCCAAUUUUCACCCGAUAUUGGCUACUUUUUUCCAUCUUUUGUUUUGUGUCUCAGAGACUUCUCAUUAGAAAUGGGCGAUGCUCAAUCCCCCCAUCAUUAUUUUGAAAAUUGUUUGACGAUGAAGAAGGCAACUGAUGCAAAAGCAAAGAAAUACAAUGCCCUGAGGUUGUCAGUAAAGCUGCAUUUUGAACAUCGAUCCUGUUUCCUGUUUGACAGACCUGCUGCUGGUAAAAAGGAUCUUGCUCGUCUCGAGGAACUGGAGGAAAAGGAACUUAAUCAGGACUUCCUCAAUGAUACGGAAUUAUUUUUAAAGCACAUCUACGAUUGUAAACCAAAGACUUUCAUGGAUGGAUCACUUAUAAAUGGAAGGAGUAUGUUAUUUAUUGGCAUUUAUAUUUCAAUUUCUGAAGUAUUUUCACAUCUGGUUGAAGAAUAUACGACAGCAAUCAAAAAUGGAGAACUACCAUGUAUAGACGAUACUUUGACUCAUGUGUCUGAAAAAGAGAACCGUAUUGCUAUGCAUACGGCCAUAGAGAUGUUCACAGACCAAAUAGAAUCCCUUGGACUACCUUUGCCCAGUGAUUUUGAGUUGAAGUACAAACACAUUCAGAAGGCUUCUCUAAGAAUAUUUCGACAAAUUGCUGUGCUAGAUGAUAAGAAAAUAUUUGAAAAACAAGCAGAGAGAGAAAUGGAUUCUGUUAAGAGAAGAAUUGAAGGAAAGAACAAGUUGUUUAUUCAAGAUACUUCUUUGAAGAUAUUGCAGAACAUGUACAACAUAAGAAUAAAACCAAAAGUUGAUAACGGAGAAUACUUUAACAAAGGGGGAUACAAUGUGUACAACGGUGACUUUGCUAGCUUACGAAGACAUCUCAGACAGCAAUUACCUGAAGCUGAUUCAGACUUACUACACAUGUGUGCUCUUGAUUUUGAAAGGAGAUAUCGGAAGCUAGACAAGGAAAUACUGGAGAAGGAUAAUUUGAGUGUAUCAGAAAUAAAUGCUAAAGUACAAGAGAUCAAAGAAAAAUUUGAUCAGGAAAAGAAAGAGCUGGAAGGACAUGUCGAACAGAAAAGACAGACAGAGCAAAAAGCGCUAACCGAGUUUAAACAAGAACUCUCCGAUGAAAGAGAAAAAGAGGAGAACGAGUUAAAGAAAAAGUAUGCUGAAAUGGCUUUGUAUUGGAAAAUUAAAGAAGGAAAUCUUGAAAAGCAAAUUGAAGAUUUAAAGCUACAGCUUGACAAGGCCUCUCUUCAAACUGAACAUGAAAAACCACCAAUGAAAGAAACAGUUUUGAAAACAAUGCUGAGCUUAAUUCCCAUUUUUGGCCCAAUAGCAUCUGGGGUUUAUGAACGUUACAAAUCUUCGACGAAGUCAUAAACGUUCUACUUGGUGUGUUUCCUUAUCACCGUACCAUUCUUAACAGAAAUGUGUUACAAAAUUUUACUUAAUGAAAAUUAAGAAACAUAUUCCAACUUAGCGUUGCCUUUAGAUUAUCUGAAACAUUCUAACUUUUAUUUCAAAUUAAUAAAGUUAUAUUGAUUAUUUUCUUGAUUAAACAAAGUAUAUACCAUUUCCAUGAUGUGCAUAAUCUGAAAUGAUUAUUGUUUGUCGUUUUCACCAUUUAAGAUAUUUAAAGUUCUGGCCUUAUUAUCUUCAAGUAAAAGUGAAUAACUUUGAAAAUAAUUUGUAUCACUUUAAAAAUAAAAAGAAAUAUGUUCUUUGUAAUAUUCCUUGCAAAAGUAAUGAGUAAAUUUCAUACAGUUUAGUAAUACCGUGUUGUCUAUUUAUAUAAUUAUAUAAUACAACACUCCUUGCUUAACAUUUAUAAAUAGACAUAUGCAAACUGUUUCAUGUAAUGUAUUUUUUAGGGUAUGUUAUCAGAAUCUUUUAAAAAAAUAAACUGAAAUGCCUUUGAAUUUGUUUUUUGGCGAUUUAAAGACACUUAACCAGUUCUUACAUCUAAGCAGACGAAGCCAAAUAGAAAGAACUAAAAGUACCUCAAAGACAACAGUAAUGUCGUGUUGAGCGAUCUUAAAGGAUCUGAAAUAUUCAUUUACGACAUUAAACGAACAUUUUAAAGAAUGUGCUUCUGUCGGGAAGCUUAUUGUAAUGGCACAAUUUUUGGAUCAAGGACAGAACUGAGGAAGUAACAAAGAAAGAAGAAUCAACUAAAUGCAAGAAAUAAAAUAAACAAUAAAGCUUUUAAAUUACACAAAUGACAUGUUAUCGUGGCAAAAUUAGCAAUAAACGAAUUAA